GCAGCAUCCGUCCACCCCACGGACACAUAGCAGCGCGCGCUCACACUCACGGGAGAUCAGGAGUGGGGUGAGCUGAAAAACUGCUCUCUCUCUCUCUGCUGGGAGGUGCAGCAUCUGAGGGCGUGAUGUGGAGCGUUUAAAUCUUUUAGGCAGGGUGGAGAGGUGCCUGACAGUGAUCCUCCUGCCGGGGAGGAGCAGGGAAAUCCCUCUCUGGACUGAGCCAGAGAGGAGGAGGAGGAGGGAGAGUUGAACUGGGACUGGAAGCAGGAGAGUUAAGGAUGUUCUGAUAUUUAGAGCCUUUGUCCUGCUGCUGGGAGCUGAAAUGGAACCACCAAAGGUGACUCUGUAGUUCUUCAAGCUGCUGGGGUUCCUCUCCUCAUCAUCAUGAGUGGAUCAACUAACGUGAAGUUCCAGUCAGGUCUCUAUGGAGGGAACAACAACAGCAGCUCUCCUCUCUCCGCCUCUGGAAAUGCGGCCAUCGUGUGCGAGCGCUGCCGGGAGGUCUGUCGGGGGGAGGUGGUGCGUGUCAAGAACACACACUUCCACGUUCACUGCUUCACCUGCCAAGUGUGCAGCUGUGACUUGGUGCACUCGGGUUUCUUCCACCACUCGGGGGAGUACAUCUGCACCGAGGACUACCAGCGGCUCUACGGGACCCAGUGUGACAGCUGUGACCAGUACAUCACCGGAGAGGUGGUCUCGGCCCUGGGGAGGACGUACCACCCGCAGUGUUUUGUCUGCAGCAUCUGCAGGUGUCCGUUCCCGAUCGGAGACAGAGUGACCUUCUGUGGGAAAAAGUGCGUGUGUCAGCAGUGCUCGCGCUCUCUGAAACGCGACAAGCCUGUUAAGGUCCACGGGCCGAGCUGCUGGGGGGAAGCGUUACCAUCCCAGCUGUGCCAGGUGUGCCCGCUGUCACAUGAUGUUUCAGGAAGGAGAGGAAAUGUUUCUUACAGGUUCAGAAGUUUGGCACCCCAUGUGUAAAGAAGCAGCUCGACUGGAGAGAAAACUGAGGCUGAGACGUACCUCUGAGACGGCGUCCAUUUCUCCUCCAGGCUCCUCUCCUCUCCUGGGCUCCCCUCAUCGACUCAUCUGUUCACUGGGCUCCUUAUCACCAUACUCUCAUGAUCUAUUGGACAGUGUUGAGCUGAGAACAAGGUACUCGUCCAGCUCUGCCUUCACMGACUCUCCUGCUCACAGCCACCAUGGAGGAUCCCCGCUGCAUUAUUAUCUCCCCGACAUCUCUGCAUCUCCGACAGCCAACAGGAGUAAGAUCAAUGAGAAUCUGGUCAAUUCUAGUCGUUUUUCCACCUCUAACUGUGAUAACCUCUAUCACACCGACUCCAACUAUUAUCCUUACAACGGCUCUCCAAAAGUCUCCAGGGUGAGGAGGUUUUCAUCUGGAGGCGAGGAGGAUGGAUGGAAUCAAAACAUAAACAGGGGAAUUGGAAGGAUGAUCCUAAAGGAGGAGAUGAAGGCUCGCUCAGGCUGUUACGACAAUGACCACUGGAGGAGCAGCCGCAGCUCCCGGUGUAACAGCAAAGAGAUGCUGAACAGUUUGGAGUACAGCUCCCUUAAUUGCUAUCCCAGAUCCAUCUGCAGCUCCGACAACGAUUCCUAUAUUGCCAAAUCUUCCUCRUUGCCCGGCUAUGGCAGGAAUGGACUGAACAGACAGCCCGGGAGUGCGAGCACAGAUUAUUACCAGUAUGACAGCAGUAAUGCAGUUAACUGGCAGAUAAGAGAAUACAAGAUUUACCCAUAUGAAGCCCUUGUAGUGUCAGUUAGAGGACAACAGCGUCUUCCCACUGAUGUGGACAGAGCCAGACUAGAGCGUCACCUUUCACCAGAAGAGUUUUACAGAGUCUUUGGCAUGUCCAUGUCCACCUUUGACCGCCUCGCUCAGUGGAAAAAGAACGAACUGAAAAAACGAGUCAGACUCUUCUAGGAAAAKUCAACCGAUCCGUCCAACGUCAACAGUUUUCCAGUCCUGAGAGUAACUGGUUCCCUGAAGUGUCAGAGGGGAAGUGUCCAGCCUUCUGCUCUUGGUGAAGCUGCCAACUGUGCCAGACUGGAAGUAAAGCAGAGUUCUGUACUGGAGCUGAAACUGGCGGGUGGUCCAAAGUUGMCUGUCUCUGCCUCUUAUACCAACAGAUGGCAGUGUCUGAGAGCCUGAGGCACAUUUAGGCCAAACUGAUGGUCUGCUUUACUGAUAUAUUCAUAAAAAAUAAAGAUUUUAUUGAAGAAAUUAGAUGGUGAAAAGAGUGAAGAGGAUCCGUUCUUACUCAGAAACUGCCCUCAAAGACUACCAAGUUAGAAGAACAAAGUCUCAAUGUUAAAAAUGUUUUUAUAAACUUGAAACCAAAAGUUAUUUUCUGCCUUUUUGUUCAAACUUUGUUAUUUUAUCUCAGCCUAUAAAGCCAUAUCAGUGUUAAAACUCUUUUCUGUUUACAACAUGAGCAGAUUUGUGGUUUAAAAUAUGAGGUUGUGUAUAAACUGUUGGGAAAAYGAAGUUAAAACUGAGGUUUUAUGCCUCGUGUUUUCACCAAAUUUCUACAUACAUGCUUCACUUAAGAAACAGUACAUUAUUUCUAAUAAAGCCAACUGAAUGUUUGUGGAGAAUGUGUGCAAUGCUGGAUGUGUUUUGUGUUUUAAAGGCAUCUAAAGAUUAACUUUGGUGUGRAUGAAGGAAGAAAGGAAAUUGCACAUGAAGGGUUUUAUGAUAGGAAAUAAACUGCUCACAAUGGUUGUGUUGGUUUCUGAGUGUAGUGUGUGUUUACAGACUGCAACAAUAAAUCACUUYCACAAUAUUA